AUGUUAGCAAAUAAGAUAUCAAUUUGUCUUAAAACAGAUGUAUCAAUACUAUUUGAUGGUAUUGAUAAUAAAGAUCACUUUUUGUUAGGUAAAAAGUAUAAAAAUUUUUUAUUGGACCAAAUUGAAAUAAUUAAUGAUGAAUCUAAAAUUAAAAACAAAAAGUAUAAAAUAUCAAAAAAUUAUGUUAUUAGUAUUACUGAGUACGAUGAGAAAUUUAAAUAA